UAACAACUCACAAUAACAACAACAUGGUGGUGGUGGUGCUAUGACCAGCAAGAACUUUACAUUUCUGGAAAUUAUCCAAAUAUAUAUAAUCUUGGAGUAACUACCACUGGAAAUUUGACUUACGAGGUCAUCUUGGGACCAUUGGCUGGUGCUUGUAUUGGCAGUACUGUAGUUCAUCCUGACACCAGAGGCUGGUGCUUGUAGUGUCAUUAUUCUUAGUUAUCUUGACACUAGAAGAAUUACUCCUUUAGUGCUAAUGCUGCAGGUCAUCCUGGUACUAGAGAAAUUGCACUUGUAGUGUCAGUACUGCAGAUCAUCCAAGAACCAGCUGAAUUACACUUGUCGUACCUAAGCUCAUGUAAAUGGAAUAAACACUGAAAUUCACAUACUUGAUAGAACUAUAUAACCACAGUGUUAGAAAUGAAACACAUUUAUAGUUUCAAUUUCAGUGCCAUAAAUGUGCCAUAUUACUACACCUACACCCUUAAUAGCCUGUGAUACUCACGAAACGUAAUGGAACGAUUGCAAACAAACUGUACCACGGAUGGGAUUUAUUUUCGUCAUCUCUGCAAUAGGAACAUUUUCUUAAUUUUGCAUUGCAUGUAGUAGUAUCAGCAUAAAGUGUGCUUAAGUUAAUCUCUUACUUUCAAUAGUAUACCUGGAGAGGGUAUUGGGGUCAAUGCCCCCAUGGCCCGGUCUGUGACCAGGCAUUGUGUGGUAUGGUGAAUUUCCUCAGUGUUUAUUAUUGAGUAAUUAUGCAGUGUGCAUGACUAUUGCAAAUGUUAAGCAUAUAAUUGAUAUUAUGAGGAACCUGCUAUUUGUGCAAUGGUAAUAAAUGCAUAACUGGUAAUGUGGUAAAUCUUUUUAUGUGACCAUUGUACAUUGGUAAUAUAUGCUUAUAUAUUAUGGUGAAGGUACUAUUUAUAUGACCUUUGUUCAAAGAAAUAAAUGUAAUAUAACUAUUUAUAAUAUCCCAUUUGUUUCCUCUCCCUUCCCUCACUUAUUUCAUUGCUCUGUUUAUCUUGGUGUCUAAUACUUGUUAACUUAGUGAUUUCACAUAUAGUAUAAAUUCAUCUCAUUUUCUCCAUAAUAUUCCUAUGCUUAACAAUCACUUUACCAUACUGUGUCAGACAUUUGUUAAACCUCCAAUUCUGUAUUAAUCAUUAUAUUCAUCAAUGAAUAAUUAUAAUCAUAGUAAAUAUAUCAUGUUAACAAUAAGAAUAACAUUUAAUGCACUACUUGAAAAACUUGUAACCUUACAUUCACUGGUCAUUGUCAUAUAAAAUAUUAAUUGAAGUGACAUGCAUGUGUACUUAAUAGAGAACACAUUCUUUUCACAUGUCAUUGUGUAGUAUACAUUAUAAAAUCCUUCAAAUUAGGUUCUUUGCUGCUACUAACUGCUCAUGUUCCAAGAAAAAACUAUUCUCCAUUUCUUUGAGGUGUGCUUCCUACUUCCCAGACUCUGUGAUGCUUAUUGGUUCAACAGUUACCACUGUUUAUAAUAAUGAAGUAAUACAAUAUUACAGAAAAACUAGCAUUUUGUGUAAUAAAGUAUUCAUUAAAAAUUAUAAUUUAUGUGGAUGAUUAUUAAGUUACUGUUUUACUAUGUCUAAAAUACCUGAAAAUGAGUGUGCUGAAGCAAAACAAGUUAAGGUUCAGCCAGAAGACAAAUUAUAUCAAUAUUCACAGUGUCUAAAACACACGUCACAAGAAUCUCAGCAUCUACCUCUGAUAAGAAUUCAUAAAGGAAAAGAAACACUUCAUUGUUCGGUGUGCCUAAAAGAAUUUUUCCAAAAAUCUCUUUUAGAAUCACACAUGAAAAUUCAUAUUGGAGAAAAGCCAUAUCAGUGUUUACAGUGUCUAAAUAUCUUUUCCAACAAAUCAAGUUUAGUGCAACAUAUGAAAAUUCAUACUGGAGAGAAACCAUACCAGUGUUCAGAGUGUGUUAAAAACUUUUCUCAUAAGGCUCAUUUAGUCCAACACAUGAAAAUUCAUUCUGGAGAGAAACCUCAUCAGUGUUCAGAGUGUCUAAAAAACUUUUCUCAAAAAACUAGUUUAGUACAACACAUGAAGCUUCAUAUCGGAGAGAAACCCUAUCAGUGUUCAGAAUGUUUAAAACACUUUUCCCAAAAGUCAAGUUUAGUACAACAUACAAAAAUUCAUACUAGAGAGAAACCAUAUCAGUGUUUACAGUGUCUAAAAGCAUUUUCCAAAAAUUCUAGUUUAUUAAAACACCUGAAGACCCAUACUGGAGAGAAGCCAUAUCAAUGUUCAGAGUGUCUUAAAGAUUUUACCCAAAAAGCUCAUUUAAUGCAACAUAUGAAAAUUCAUACUGGAGAGAAGCCAUAUCAAUGUUCUGAAUGUCUAAAAGACUUCACUCAAAAAACUGCAUUAGUACAACAUAUGAAAAUUCAUACAGGGGAGAAACCAUAUCAGUGUUCAGAAUGUCCAAAAAAUUUUUCUCAAAAAUCGAGUUUAGUUCAACACAUGAAAAUUCAUACUGGAGAGAAACCAUAUCAGUGUUUAGAAUGUCAAAAAGACUUUUCUUAUAAAUCUGUUUUAAUAAAGCACAUGAGAACACAUACUGGAAAAAAACCUUAUCAGUGUUCAGAGUGUCUAAAAGAGUUUACAAGUAAAUCUGCUUUAAUAAAUCACAUGAGAAUUCAUACUGGGGAGAAACCAUAUCUUUGUUCAGAAUGUCAAAAACAGUUUGCACAAAGAUCUGUAUUAUUAAGACACAUGAGAAGUCAUACAGGAGAAAAACCAUAUCGGUGUUCAUUGUGUCUAAAACAUUUUUCAGAUAAAUCUAGUUUAGUGAAACACAUGAGAAUUCCACAAGGUAGAAGUCAUGAACUCAGUUCCAAAGGUCUUCUCAAAAAUUUCGACUUAAAAAAACAUGAGAGUUACAUAGGAGGGAAAACUUGUAACAUGAAAAUUUUAAAUAUAUGGGAAAGUUAG